AUGGGCAUCGCCUAUAGUGCUCUGGGCUGGGGCUUUGGCAUGGCCUUCGGUGUAUGGGAGUGGCGCUAUUUUGUCAAACUUCCGCUGCCCGAGGGGCCUUUGCCGCUGGAGGGUAAACGGGAAGAUCUGUAUUUCCCAGCAGGAGACAGCCUGGGUCUGAAGUUGCGGAAUGGCAGAGGCGGGCUGGAGGUGAAACGGCGGCAACAGAUAGGUGAAACGGCGGCCGCCGAGCUGUGGAGCAAGAGCAUUCAUCAAGGCUGCCUGACGGCCGAUGGACAGCUGGACGUUGAAAGCUGCGCGCAUCAGUUGGGUGUUGACCCCGAGGAACUGGCCCCCUCUGGCCAAACGUGGCCACCAGUGCGCGUGCGGAAGCAACGCCGCCAUACAGAACUGGGGGAGGAGGUGGAAUGCCUCUUCCUCGCAGAGCGUGCGGACGGCAGUGUCUUGGCGGAGCGCUACUUGUCCGUUUCCGUGGAGUCAAUGAGACUGGAGGAGGUUCUCCGUGUGACCCGUGAACCCCGCAAAGUGAAACUUCCGGACGGUGCCAUCAUAGCGGGAUAUCCACAGAUGGUACAGUGCAUUGCAGAACGAGCGCGUGCGGCGCCUGAUGAACUGAAGUAG